UUCACCUUUCAGUUGGUUGUGGGUAAUAAUGGAGGUUUGCUCAUUGAUGCUGUGGUCAAGUUUGUAAAAAUGUAUGAUUUGAAAAGAAAUCAUUGGGAAGAUUUCUCCUAUUGUGGAAAGAACAAGUUUUCUAUCAGGAUAUUUGAUAGACUGAUGAAUCAAAUAAGCUAUGGUGCUGGCCCUUCUGUAAGGCAACCUGAUGUUGGGAGUUCAGGUAAGAAUGGUGAAGAGGUGGUUGUGUCUGAUGUUGGUGAUAAGGAUGAAGUUGGUGGGGAAGUUCCAGUGGAUGAUGUCGGUGGUAAGGUUGAAGUUGGUGGGGAAGUUUCAGUUCCAGUGGCUGAUGUUGGUGAUAAGGAUGAAGAUGGUGUGGAAGUUCCAGUUCCAGUGGCUGAUGUUGGUGGGGAGAUACCAUUAGCUGAUGUUGGUGGGCAGUUUAUGGAUGUGGAUAACAUUGAAGAGAAUGAUGUAAUUAUGAUAUCAAGUGAUGAUGAGGAGGAUGAUGGAAUUGUGCAAUUAAGUGAUGAGGAGGAGGAUGAUGAAAUUAUGCAAUUGAGUGAUGGAGAGGAGGAUGAUAGUGUGGAGAGGGUUAUUCAUAAUUUUGAUAAGGUCAUUAGCAGCUCUGAUUCUGGUGGAGGCCAGACAAUGGCAUUGCCUAAGUUGUAUGUGGUGAAUCAUAUUAGGGCAAACUGGGAGAAUAUCGUUCUACAAACCCCUAGGGGUAGAACUUAUAGUUGUCUUCUGAAAAGAAGGAAUCCAAGGAAGAUUGAUACUCCAAUCCACAUUGCAAAGGAUUGGUAUCAAUAUGUGAAGGAUCAUGAGUUGAAGUAUAGGGAUGCUGUGCACUUUAGGCCAGUUAGCACUCACAACAAUUUGGUUAAUGUUACCAUUACCCGUGGGCAGCCGUAUGUAUAAUAUAUGGCAUCUCAAUCAUUCUCUUCGACACAAAGAAGAAAUGGGAUUGCUGAUGGAAGGCUCUGUACUUGCGGCCUUACCCCAGCCCUAAAGACUUCAUGGUCCAGUAGUAAUUAUGGACGAAGAUAUUUUCAAUGUCCUUUGAAGGCUUGUGGGUAUUAUGAUUGGCUUGAUCCCCCUGUGCAUGGGCAAGUUGUUGAAGCCCCCAUGACUGCUGCUGUGACUCCUGGUCAAGUUGAUGAUUGCUUUGAAGGAUUAAAGAGGGCAGAAGCUUUGAUCUCUGACUACAAGAGAAGGGAACAAAUGUAUUUCAUUGUUGUUGUUGUCUCUUUGGUAGUUGCUGUGCUACUUAUUUUGUUUAAGUGAUUUACACAAGCUUUGGAUAUGUAAAACUGUUUUUGAGAAGUGGUCACAUGUAUGUGUACUCUUUUUGAAUUAUUAACUCUUUUAUGAGAAGUGCUCACAUGAGUCCUCUUUUUAAACUUAUCUAAAUUUAC